CACCUUCACGUGCCGCCCAAAACCCCAUUUAAGAAAAAAAAAAACACAGAAAGGAACAGUUCACAGUCCCAAAGUCUGCACUCUGCAGUCACUUCGGUGUUAAGAAGAACCCGCAACCAGAAAAAAAAAAAAAAGAAGCCUUUAUGAUUUCUUAGGGCUGCUUCAGUGGGACUUGUUUCCCUUUUUAUUUUUUCUUUUCACAAUCUCUGCAACAUGCAUUUGCCAGAGGAAGAAGGCCAGAAUCCCCUGAAACGCAGCUUCACUGAAAUCACUGAUGAUCAUGGUAUCAGACACACUAGUGUAUGAGGUUGCUAGGAGGAGGAACACAAUAGCUGUGAUGGAGACAGGUACUGGGAAGCCAAUGAUAGCUGUGAUGCUCAUUGAUGAAAUUGGUCAAGCUAUCAAGUCAUCUGGUGACAACAAAUUGAUCACACCAGUUUUUAAGUGGAGGAGUAUUAUGGAGCCAAGGGGGUUGAUGCAUGGGAUAAGGAGCAUUAGGAAAAGGAAUUUAAAACCCAUGAUGUGCUGGUUAUGAUGUCCCAGAUUCUUUUGGAUGCCUUAAGAAAGGCAUUCUUGACCAUAGAAGCAGUAUGCUUGAUGAUUAUGGAUGAGUGCCAUCGGGCUACCAGAAACCACCCUUAUACAAAGAUAAUGAAGGAAUUUUAUCACAGGUCUAGUAUCAAGCCAAAAGUUUUUGGAAUGACAGCUUCACCUGUAAUUCGAAAAGAAUUUAUGGAUCAGGUGUCUCAUCCACAAUGGACUUUGAAGAUCAAAUAUCAGAACUCGAAAGCAUUUUGGAUUCCCAGGUCGCUCACAUAUGCACGCCAUCUGUUCGAUAAAAGUCCUGACCGAGACCUGGUCACCUGGAAUGCCAUUCUAGCAGCCUAUGCGCAAGCUGGGGGCUCUGUGGUUGAGAAUGUUCAAGUGGGACUCGGCCUUUUGCAGUGGCUUCGUGAGUCUGUUGUGUUCACCAGUCGGCACACUUUGGCUUCCGUUUUGAAGCUGUGUUUGACAGCAGGGCGUGUUUGGAUUUCGGAGGCUGUUCAGGGUUACACUGUGAAAAUUGGGUUGGAGUGGGAUGUGUUUGUUUCGGGCACCCUGGUGAAUGUGUAUUGUAAACUCAGAAGAGUUAAGGAGGCUCGGGCUUUGUUUGAUGGGAUGCUGGAACGGGAUGUUGUGUUGUGGAACACAAUGCUGAAGGCAUAUGUGGAAAUGGGUCUUCAGGAAGAAGCACUUGCUCUUUUCUCCAAGUUUCAUCGAAGUGGAUUAGGUCCUGACCAUGUUAGUGUGCGUUGUGUUCUUAGUGGGAUUCACAAAGUUGAUUAUGUUGAAGGCAAGAGGUACAUGAAGGAGGUUCAAGCAUAUGCAGCAAAGCUGGGGGAUUUUAUAACUAAUGUGGAUGAUGAUGCCCAUCCAACGAGUUUAUGUGAUCCUACUACUAAUUCCGACAUAUUUCUGUGGAACAAGAAGUUGUCUAAGUAUAUCCGAGCUGGUGAAAAUUGGGCUGCAAUAGAUUGCUUUAGAAAUAUGAUUAUAUCGAAAGUUGGAUAUGACAGUGUGACAUUAGUUAUCAUUCCAUCUGCGAUUGUAGGCACAAAUAAUUUGGAGGUGGGGAAACAGAUUCAUGGUGCUGCUUUGAAAUCAGAUUUUGAUUCUGUUCUUUUGGUAGCAAAUAGCCUAAUCAACAUGUAUUCAAAGGCUCGCUGUGUUCACUUUGCGAGAGAAGUAUUCAAUCACAUGAAAGAAGUGGACCUAGUUUCAUGGAACUCGAUGAUAUCAUGUUAUGUGCAAAGCGGUUCAGGAGAGGAAUCAGUAAACCUAUUUAUUGGUUUAUUACGGGAUGGUCUAAGACCUGAUGAAUUUACAAUUGCAAGUAUUUUAAGGGCUUGCUCCUCUCUUCAAGAAGGGUUGCAUCUCAGUAAACAGGUUCAUGUUCAUGCAAUAAAAACUGGUAUUGCUGCUGACAGAUUUGUUUCAACAGCUCUUAUUGAUGUUUAUUCCAGAAGUGGAAACAUGGAGGAAGUGGAGCCCCUUUUAGAAAACAAAGUUAAUUUCGAUCUGGCAUCUUGGAAUGCAUUGAUGUUUGGGUACAUAAAGAGUAAUGACGGUCACAAAGCACUACAACUUAUGAGGAUGAUUCAUGAAGGUGGAAAGAGAGUAGAUGAGAUUACUUUGGCAACUGUUGCUAAGGCCACUAGUUGCCUGGUAGCGUUGGUACCGGGGAAGCAAAUUCAUGCUCAUGUCAUAAAAACAGGGUAUUCAAAGGACUUAUAUGUUAACAGCAGUAUUCUAGAUAUGUACAUAAAAUGUGGAGACAUGGGAAGUGCACACACAGUUUUCAAUGACAUUCCUGCACCUGAUGAUGUUGCGUGGACAACUCUAAUCUCAGGAUGUCUAGAAAAUGGAGAUGAAGGGCGCUCUGUGUCUAUAUACCAUCAGAUGAGGCAGUCAGGAGUUCAUCCCGAUGAAUACACCUUAGCUACCCUCGUCAAAGCCGCCUCUUGUCUGACAGCAUUGGAACAAGGGAAACAGAUACAUGCAGAUGCAAUAAAGUUGGAAUAUUCCUCAGACCCUUAUGUUGCGACAUCACUUGUUGACAUGUAUGCCAAGUGCGGUAAUAUAGAAGAUGCAUAUCGUUUAUUUAGAAGGAUGGAUGUCGGGAGCAUUGUCCUGUGGAAUGCCAUGUUGGUGGGCUUUGCUCAACAUGGAGACGCUGAAGAAGCACUAAAUCUUUUCAGAGUCAUGAAAUCUAAUAACAUUUUGCCUGAUAGAGUUACUUUCAUUGGAGUUCUUUCUGCUUGCAGCCACUCUGGUUUAGUUUCUGAAGCUUACGAGCAUUUUUCUUCAAUGCAAAGAGAUUACGGCAUUGAACCUGAGAUCGAGCACUACUCUUGUCUAGUCGAUGCCCUUGGCCGCGCAGGGCGUGUUCAAGAGGCAGAAAAGCUGAUAGCAUCAAUGCCAUUUGAAGCUUCUGCUUCAAUGUACAGAGCCCUGCUUGGUGCUUGCAGGGUUCAAGGGGACACAGAAACAGGAAAACGAGUAGCAGAACAGCUCUUGGCUAUUGAGCCAACUGACUCAUCCGCGUAUGUUCUCAUAUCCAAUAUGAAUGCUGCUGCCAACCAGUGGGAUGCUGUGAACGAUGCUCGUCAAAUGAUGAAACAGAAGAAUGUAAAGAAAGAACCAGGUUUCAGUUGGAUAGAUGUGAAGAACAAGGUCCAUUUGUUUCUGGUAGAUGAUAAAUCCCAUCCUGAUGCCGAUUUGAUAUACGACAAGCUGGAGGACUUGAUGAAAUGGAUCGGCGAAGAAGGGUAUGUCCCUGAUACAGAGUUUGUGCUUGCUGAUGUUUAAGAAGAGGAAAAAGAGCGAGCUCUAUAUUACCAUAGUGGGAGGCUAGCAAUAGUGUACGGACUGUAAAUGUGAUCUGUAAAUGUACGAUACAAAAUCUUGAUGCGUAAUAGAUAAUUCUUAGA